AAUGCCACUGUUGCAAGACAAGCACGCCGCGUGUAUGUGGGCCAGAUUCCACUUGGAAUUGAUGAACAGUCAAUGUCUGACUUCUUUAAUCAAACUAUGCAAACAAUGGGACUUGCCACAGCACCAUCUGUACUUUCUGUUCACAUCAACCGAGAGCGCAACUAUGCGUUUGUUGAAUUCUAUGAUCCAGAUCAAGCCACUUCUGCAAUGGCAUUUGAUGGUAUUGUCUUCCAGGGCCAGGCUCUUCGUGUUCGCCGGCCAAAGGAUUAUCAGCCUGCGGGAGAACCAGCAGAUAUGAUGCACAUGCCAGUAUUAGUUUCUACUGUUGUACCCGACACACCAAAUAAGAUUUUCAUUGGCGGUCUGCCAAUGUAUCUCAACGAAGAUCAAAUUAUGGAAUUACUGCAGUCCUUUGGUGAACUGCGUGCCUUCCACCUUGUCAAAGAACCAUCAGGCGCAUCAAAGGGAUUUGCAUUCUGCGAAUAUGCUGAUCCAAGUGUAACAGAUCUUGCAUGCCAGGGUUUGAAUAAUAUGGAACUCGGUGAACGUAGACUUGUGGUGCAGCGCGCCAGUCAGGGUGCUAAACAUGGUGGUGAAGUUGGUGGUGCUUUCCCAGCACUUGAUAUUCUUAGUGUUGGUACUGUUAAAGAUGAAGAUGCAACGCGCGUAUUGCAGCUUAUGAACAUGGUUACACCCGAAGAACUUGAAAAUGAUGAAGAAUACAGAGAUAUCUGGGAAGAUAUUGAGGAAGAGUGCGCCAAGUUUGGGGAAAUUGUUGAUAUGAAGAUUCCUCGUCCACAUGCAAACCAAAUUGUACCAGGUCUUGGCAAGAUCUUUGUUCGUUUUAGUACAAACCAACAAACAAUGGCCGCAGUACGGUCCCUAGCUGGCCGUAGAUUUGCUGACAGAAUCGUACUUGCUUCUUUUAUUGAUGAGGAUAAU